UAGAAACACCCGCCUAGGGUAAGAGAAUCUCCCUAGAGUAUAAAUGUUCCUUGGUAAGAAUGUUCUGUGGAUACUUGGAUAGAAAGAAAGCAAAGCAGCAAAGCAGUUGAAAACACUGAAAAGUGAAUAGAAAGCGCAAUUAUAUAAAAAAUAGGAACAAAAGUUACUCAAAAAAAUCUAUAAAACAUUGCACCAUAUAAGUAGGUACCUACCUACUGUAAAAUACCUGCAUAAAUAAUAAGUAAAAUAAUAUUAUCCUUUUUAUAAGUAGGUACUGCAUUCUUAAUUUGAUAUGGAGGCAACAGUAUCAGUUUCCAAGGGUGUGUUUCUGUUCCCAAACGGCUUUAAAAGAACAAAACAUUUGAAAAAGAAGUCUAAGCAACCCCUUUUUGAGUCUAUAUUUAAUAAAGAACUGUGGUAUGUUACAUAUAAAUACAAUUGGAAUAUAAUUGAACAUCAAUUAAAGGAGCUAUAUGAAAAAACGUACAGUGUCCCAUUGAAUGACAUAGUGAGUUAUGUCAAGUCAAUUGAUCCGGACCCCAAAAUAUGUGAUUCGAUUACAAGGAGUAUACCUACUGCAACAUUAUUGACAGGAGGCAAUCAGCCUGACCAUUUGAAUCAGUUUCUUGCAUUAAUACAAAAAAUAAGGGAAGAAGUGACACCACAUGUGGCAAUGAUAAGUUCACAAGAUGCUCAAACAGUUAAACAUCUGGUCGAAAGUGCAGUCCCACAAUUGAUUCACGGUCAGGACUAUUUGGAUAAUUCUGCCGAUAGCUUGAGCGAGCCAACAUUUAGACUAAAGAAAAGCCAAUGUACUAUGAGUUCACUCCUUAAUUGGUAUCAGUCUAAAUAUGUUACUUUAUCAUCAAAGUUGAAGCAACCAACACCAAAGAAAACUUUAGUCAUAAUAAUGCCUGAUUUUGAGAGUUUUAGUUGUUAUGUACUACAAGAAUUUGUGAUGAUGGUCAGUUUCUAUGUAACAUCACUACCGAUAGUCCUAAUAUUUGGAGUCACAUCUGUGUCGGCGCUACACAAGUCGUUCCCGUUCCAUGUCUCUUCAAAACUGCUGAUUGAAGUGUUCCACACACAUCUGUCACAUGUUUAUAUGAAUCAGGUUUUAGAAAAUAUAUUCCUAACACAUACAAGUCUCUUCCACUUGUCUGGCAGAGCUUUUGAACUGCUAACAGAUGUCUUUCUAUUCGACGAUUUCUCUGUUACAGGUCUCAUUCAGAGUAUUAAGUACUGCAUGAUGGAUCAUUACUAUGGCGAUAAUAUUAAAGCGUUGUGCUGUGCCCGGGAUAAAAUUGAAGAGACAGUAUCAAAACUAACAUCAGAUGACUUAGAAAAUAUAAGGCAACUUUCAUCGUUCAGGCCAUUUUUAGAGAUACAAGACUGUCAAACAAAAAUUGGUCUAUUUGAAGACGACAAUUUUUUCAGCGAAGUCUUGUGCAAGGAAAUGCACAAACUUCACGAUUAUUUGCAUAGCUUCUAUUUGUGUGUACGACUGCUUUCGGCCCUCGUGAAGGAUUUGCCAAAAAAUAUGCUUGGAAAAACUGUGAGAGAAAUUUAUGCCAAAUGUUCAAUGGAACUCAUAACAGAUACUCAACCAUUCCGGGCAUGCAUGCAGCUAUUGAGCUUCCAAUCGCAAGUUCAAUUGGCUGAAAGUAUGAAGAAUGCAUUAAAAGAGAUCAACGCCGUACUACAAAUAGUGUCGCCAAUAAAGCCCCUACGUGCUACGCCACCGAAGACUAAUUUGAACAGUAUUACUCUAAACAAUGAUCUCGGCCAUGAUUUUGCGAAGUCAAUCAGAAUACAUUUUCUAACGUUCUUGAGGCAGAUUGAAAACGCUAACAACGAAGCUCUAGUAUUAAAUAAUGUGAAUGUCAAUGAUAAUGAUUUAGAUAUUGGUGUUCUACCUGGCAAUAGAUAUAAGCUAAAGGAGAAAUUACUCAAAGCGACAAGGGUAGAAAAAAUCCAAUCCGAAUUUGAAAUGAUACGAUCGAGAUUCGUGAGCUACCUCGAAGAAAUGUUCGCGAGGGGGCUGCAGCCGCCGCACACGCAGAGCUUCCACGAGCUAAUGUUCUGCGGCGAUGUGGCCGGCGUCCGGCGGCAGAGGGUGGGCGCCCCGCGCGGCGCGUUGCACCUGGCCUUAAACGACCCUGUGCAAUACUUACAGUGCUCGUGCUGCCACCUGCCGUCGCCGGAGAGCUUGUCGGAGCGGCUGCCCGACGUUAGCAUCGCGUACAAGCUGCACCGCGAGUGCGGCAAGCAUAUUAACCUUUACGACUGGCUGCAGGCCUUCGCGGCCAUCCUGUGCCCCGCCGACCAGGACGACGACCGCGACCAAGAUGCCACCAUCCAGGUUCGAUUCACGCGGGCGGUGGCUGAGCUACAAUUCCUUGGAUUUAUAAAAUCGUCCAGAAGGAAGACUGACCAUGUGCUGCGUCUCACUUGGUGAUAUUUUGCUAAUGGAUUGCGAAUUCUUGAUUAUUAUUUUUAUGCCAUUAAGAAAAUGAAUCUUGUAAUAAAUUGUUUUAUUAAUG